AUGGUCCGCUUCGGUCGUACCCUCGAAGUUGCCAAAUACCCGCCGUGGAAAGAUCACUACAUCGACUACGCCAAGCUCAAGAAGCUCCUCCGCGAAGACGACUCCGCACCCAGUUCACCCACCGUUGAAACCAGCACGCAGCAAUGGACCGAAGAUGACGAGAGCAAGUUUGUCGACGAAUUGGUCAACGUGCAGCUGGAGAACAUCUACAAGUUCCAUUCAGAAACUCACAAGAAGUUGACUGAGCGAGUUGGGCAAUGCGAGGCCAAGUGUGAUAGCGUGGCAGUGUCGGAACGUCAAGACAAUGGCGAAAGUGGAGAUGGACAGGCAAAGACAAACGGCGAGGGUGGCAGCAAUGGCAAUGGCAAGAAGCCGGUGCCCAGCGAGUCGGACAAGAAGACCAUCCUAAGAGAGGUGAUGUCCGAACUGGACAAGAUCACCAAAGAGAUCAACGAGCUCGAGAAGUACAGCCGUAUCAACUAUACUGGUUUUCUGAAGGCUGCAAAGAAGCACGAUCGAAAGCGAGGCCAGUCAUAUCGCGUGCGUCCGCUCUUGCAGGUCAGACUGGCGGCUCUGCCUUUCAAUAGAGAAGAUUACGGCCCGCUUCUGUUCAGACUGAGCACCAUGUACAACUUCGUCCGACAAAGGCUCGACGAUGCAGGCAAGGAGACCAAGACGCUGGAGGACCAGCAGGGCAAGGACGAAUAUACCAGCCAGAAAUUCUGGGUCCACCAAGACAAUUUGCUCGAGGUCAAGACCAUGAUUCUGCGGCACUUGCCGGUACUGGUGUAUAACCCACAGACUAGCAAGGUGGCAGAGGGCAACCAACCGGAUCCGUCAAUCACCAGCAUCUACUUCGACAGCCCUGGCUUCGAACUCUAUUCGAACAAGGUGGACCACAACGCAGGAUCAUCGCUUCGUCUCAGAUGGUACGGCCAACUUAACAACAGACCGCAGAUUUACGUCGAGAAGAAGACGGUGGGAGAGGACAACACCAGCCGGGAAGCUCGAUUUGUGACCAAGGACAAGUACAUUCGGCGGUUCAUCAACGGAGAGUAUCAAAUGGAGAAGCAGAUCCAGAAGCUGGAGAGUCGUGCUGGAGCCGAAAGCGAGGAAGUCAAGAACUUGAAGUCAUCCGUUGACGAGAUUCAGAAGUUCAUCAAGCAAUACGACCUGCAGCCUGUGGUACGAGCGAACUACACGCGGACGGCAUUCCAAGUGCCUGGCGAAGACCGCGUACGCAUUAGUCUCGACACUGAUCUAGCCUUCAUUCGGGAGGAUGCGCUCGAUGUCGAUCGGCCCUGCAGAGACCCUGAAAACUGGCAUCGAACUGACAUUGACAACCACGAAUUGGAGUACCCAUUCUCGUCAAUCAGGAAGGGCGAGAUCAGCAGAUUCCCUUUUGCAGUCCUUGAGAUCAAGCUGCGCAACGAGCCAGGCAAGAAACUCCCCGAAUGGAUCUACGACAUUAUGAACACGCAUCUUGUGAAGGAGGCGCCGAGAUUCAGCAAAUUCGUCCACGGCGCAGCAGAGCUCUUCGAAGAUUAUGUCAACACGUUUCCAUUCUGGCUGACCGAGAUGGAGACUGAUAUCCGUCGUGACCCGCAGCAAGCGUUUGAGGAAGAGCAGGCUAAGAGACAGAAGGAGAGGGACGACGAGUUUGCCGUUGGAUCUCUACUCAAAUCUUCGUCCCACAUGAGCCCAUCGCAACGAAAUAGGGGUGCUGGCGUGAUCUCACCAGUCGGCUCUCCAGCAGCUAGAGACACACUACAGCGCAGCUCGGCACAAGCGACGAUCUCCUCCCCUCAAGGUCCCCAAGGCCAAUCCACCACCGCAGAGCCCACCCAAAUGAACGACACAGCCGGCGAACCCGAUGACGACGACACUGGCACGCACACUCUCCAAGCCAACCGCAGCGCCGGCGGCAUCAAGAGCUUCUUCCACAGCACCAGCAAAUACGCACAAUCCCGCCGCCAAAAGAUGAACCUCCCUCCAGGCGUCUCGGAACCGAAAUUCUGGAUCAAAGACCAAGGCCCCAACAAAGUCGAAGGCAAAGUCUGGCUCGCGAACCAACGCACAUUUAUCAAAUGGCAGCACGUCUCCAUCUUGCUGGCUUCCCUCUCCCUCGGCCUGUUCAACGCCGCUGGCCCCACGAAUACCGUCGGGAAAGUCCUCGGUGUGGUGUAUACGUGCGUCGCGGUCUUUGCUGCUGCGUGGGGCUAUGGCAUCUACAUGUGGCGGUCGCAUCUCAUCCAGACGAGGAGUGGGAAGGAUUUCGAUGCGGUGUGGGGACCGGUCGUGGUUUGUGUUGGGUUGAUUGUUGCGUUGGCGUUGAAUUUUGGGUUCAAGUACCACGCGGUGAUGCAAGAACGCAAUGACCACGACACGGACUCGAUGCUUGUACAGAAUACGUACAUGAACCAUGGCGAUUUGUGA